GCGCCGCUGCCACCGCCGCCUCACGAGCCCCGGCGCCUCAGCCCCGGUCAGCGCCCCGCCCGCCUGCACGCCUGUCGGGCCUCAGCCCAGCCUUCGCCCGCCGCCAGUUGCGCAUGGGGCGUGCCCUCGGGGCCGCGGCCUACGGCCGCUGAGCGCCGGCCGCCCCGCUAAUGCGCGCGGCGUCCCGCGCCGGGGCGCCCAGGCCGCGCAGGGCCCGGGGCUGAGGCUACCCGCGCGGCAUGUCCGGCCCGACCCGCCGCCCGCCGCCGCCCAGGGCCCGAGUCCGCGCGGACCGCAACAAGCCCGGCGGGGCCGAGUAGCGCAGCGGCAGCGGAGCGGGAGCCCGACGGCGCGGCCGCAAGGUCACCGCGCGCCAUGGAGGCCAAGGUCCGCCAGAGCCGGCGCUCGCGCGCGCAGCGGGACCGUGGCCGGCGCCGGGAGGCGGCCCGCGACGCCCGCGACCAGAGCGCGUCGUCGGGGGAUGAGCCUGAGCCCGGGCCCGGCAAAGAGAACACGGGCCUGCCCCGCGCGCCCCCGCCCCGCGCCGCCGCCGCGCGCCCCCCGCGCCGCCGCCGCCGCGAGUCCAGCUCGCAGGAGGAAGAGGUCAUCGACGGCUUCGCCAUUGCCAGCUUCAGCACGCUGGAGGCCUUGGAGAAGGACAUGGCCCUGAAGCCACACGAGCGGAAGGAGAAGUGGGAACGUCGCCUUGUCAAGAAGCCCCGGGAGGCAGAAAACUGCCCAUCUGCAGAGCCAAGUGAGAACGGGCGGCCCCUGGAGGCAGGCAGCUCUGAGCAGGACCUGGAGACCCCCUGUGACCGAGGGAAGAAGAAGGUCCCUCUGCAGCCCACCAAGCAGAUGAAGGUCGCAGUGUCCAGAGGGGGCGACCACAACAGUGACGGCGACAGCUUCCGAGAAGCCACCAGCUCCCGGAGGAGCAGUUCUCGGGACCAACUCAGUGAUAGCUCGGCGCAGGCAGUCUCAGGCAGAGGUUACUCCUGUGACAGCGAGAGUGACGGGGAUGACAAGGCAUCUGUGGGCUCCGAGAAGCUCUUUGCCCCAGCAGCCGAUAAAGGCCCCACGCUGGGCGAGAAGUCCGAGGCCAAGACCGGGGCAGCGCCCAAGGUCUCGGGUCUCGAGCGCAGCCGCGAGCUGAGCACCGAGCCGCCAUUCUUGGCCCCCGUGCGCAGCCCCGCGCCGGUCCUGCCCUCCGCCAGCACCGCGGCCAGCCCGCUGGUCAAGAAGGAAGCCCCGGCGCUGCCCCGCCUUGCCCCACAGCUGCCACCCGCGCCGUCGCAGCCCCGGGCCCCGCUCCUGACGCACGUGCCUCUCCCUCCGGGCGCCUUCCCGGGCCCCGGCCCGGCCGCGCACAACGGCCUGCACAGCUUCAGCAGGAGCAGCAGCGCCAGCAGCGGUGCCAGCCUGGGGCUCGCGAAGCACGCGUCCCUGUCGCCUCACGGGCCGGGCCCCCACCUCUCUACCUCACACUUGGCGCUCCGCUCGCAGGCCCAGCACCAGCACCACGCGGCGGCCAUGUUCGCCGCGCCCCCGACACUGCCCCCGCCCCCGGCGCUGCCGGCCAACAGCCUGGUCAUCCCAGGACACCCCGCCGAUCACGAGCUGCUCAGGCAAGAGCUGAACGCGCGUUUUCUGGUCCAGAGCGCCCCCCUGGGCCCGGGAGCUCUGCUGCGGGCGGAGUUCCACCAGCACCAACACACACACCAGCACACACACCAGCACCAACACACAUUCGCCCCCUUCCCUGCCGGGCCGCCCCCGCCGCCGCUCCUGCCGCACGCCGCACCCCCGCCGUUUGACAAGUACACGCCCAAGCUGGACAGCCCCUACUUCCGACAUUCCAACUUUUUCCCGCCCUUCCCUCCGGCCGUCCCAGGACUGCCCGCCCUGCUCCCACACCCAGGCCCCUUUGGAUCCCUGCAGGGUGCUUUUCAGCCCAAGACUUCAAACCCACUCGAGUUAACAGGCCGGGCCAGUGCGGUUCACACCCUCCUGCAGAAAGCCCCCGGGCAGGUGUCUGACCCGUACCGGACAGCAAUCAGGAAGCCGGGGAAGUGGUGCGCUGUGCACGUGCAGAUCGCCUGGCAGAUCUACCACCAUCAGCAGAAGAUAAAGAUGCAGCUGGAGCCCCACAAGCUGGACGUGGGCACCAAGCUGGACUUGUUCAGCAGACCCCCCGCCCCGGGCGUGUUCGCCGGAUUCCACUACCCACAGGACCUGGCCCGGCCCCUCUUCUCCAGCUCGGGUGCCACCCAUCCUGCCGCCAACCCGUUCGGACCCUCAGCGCAUCCUGGCAGCUUCCUGCCCACUGGUCACUUGACAGACCCUUUCAGCAGAUCAAGCACCUUCGGGGGCCUGGGGAGCCUAGGCAGCAACGCUUUUGGAGGCCUCGGCAGCCACGCACUGACUCCCAGCAGCAGCGGCAUCUUUGCCCCCAAGGAGGGCCCCACACUGCACGGUCUGCCCAGCCCCCACGAGGCCUGGAACCGGCUGCACCGAGCACCACCCUCCUUCCCCACGCCACCCCCAUGGCCCAAGCCCUUAGACGCCGAGCGGGUCUCAGCCCUGACCAACCACGACCGAGAGCUGGACAAGGGCAAGGAGGAGCGGGACCGGGACCUCCUGGAAAAGACACGCCUGCUGAGCCGGGCCUCUCCAGCGGCGCCCGUGGGCCACCCAGGCAGUGGCCUCGUGCUCCGGGGCCAGGGCGAUCCGGGCCGGCCCGGGAUCCCCGCCGAACGCGAGGCUGAGCUCCGCAUCAAGGAGAGCCGCUCCCCGGCCAGGGAGGACGGCCCCAAGCCCAGCAAGAUGGCCCUGGGGGAAGGCCUGCGCUUGGCCGGUCUCCUGGGCCGCGAGCCCGGGAAGCCGCACGAGGCGCCGGCCGAGCGGUCCCAGGGCGACGUGAAGGUCAAGGAGGAGCGCGGGGAGGACGGCGACGCGCCCCCACAGCCCGGCCCGGGCCCCGCGGGCCGCGAGCGCCCGGCCUUCGCGUGGGAGCCACCGCGCGACGCCUACCGCGGCCCGGAGCUGCCCCGCCGCGCCCCGCCGGGCCCGGGCCCCGCCGCCCUCCUCGAGCCGCCCGAGCGCCCCUACCGGGACCGCGAGCCGCACGACUACAGCCCCGAGCGGCCUGCGGGAGGCGCGCCGCGACGAGCUAGAGCGCGCCCGGGCCGCGCACCUGGACGGCGCGGCGGCUUGCCGGCGCUGGGCGCCCUGCACUACCCGCGCCUCGCGCCCGCCGCCGCCGCCCUGCACAACAGUCUCCUGGCGCGGACCCCGCCCGCCGCCGCCGCUGCCGCGCUCGGCGCGCCGCCGCCGCUAGUUGCCGCAGGCGGGCCCCCUACGCCCCCCGGGCAGCCGCGGAGCAGGACUACGCCGCUGGGGGCCCGCGCGCCGGGCGAGGCCCGCGACUACUCCCCGUCCCGCAACCCCCAGGAGGUGGAGGCGCGGUAGUGUGCGGGGGACCCUCCAGGAACGCACUGCUGUCCACUUUUCUAAACGUCCGUUUCUAGAACCUAAGCACAGUUCCAUCGGCCCUGGGGUGGCGACGCUCACUUUUCCACUCGCAGCGUCGGGGGUGUCACACACAGAUUUUCUGGGGGUGAUCUUUUGUUUUCCGAGCUUGAGAUUAGGCUACUGGAAAAAAAAUUCAAGUUUGUAUCUUUUUUCCCACAGGUGAGAAGCAUUUUUAAUAGAUUUGUAUUUUUUUCAACUUUGUGCUCUUUAGACACUUAAGAGAAACGAAAGACACUUUUGCUUUUUUACUUUUAGUUUGGUUUUGCAAUUUAAUGGCCUCAGAUCUGUCUCCAGAGCCCCUGGGGUUUUUUUGUCUUAUUUAUGGUGGAAAAAAAAACGGUCAUUUUGUCCAAUGCACUGUGAGGCCCCCACUCAGGCCCGGCCCUGGCCCUCCCUUGGUACUUGGAACCGAAGUUACAGAUAUAUAUUAAGAUAAUAAUGUACAAAGCUUUCUUUGCCUUAUUAUGCAGAAGUGUAAAAGGGUUUCUUUUUCGGUUUGUUUUUUAAAAAGAAAGAUGAAACUGUAAAUAGUCUGUUAAUAUAAAUAUAUGAUGUUAUUAAAUUCUUAACCUAGGUAGACUUUAUAAAAACAGUUUCUAGAAAUUUCUCUGGUUGGUUGUUUAAGGUGGUCACAACAACCCACCCGCUGUCAGUUGGAACUGCCUUCAGACGUUUAAUGGCAGCAACAUCCUUCAACUAUGCAAGCGCUUGAGUGGCCAGGCCACUGGGGGACUGCGGAGCAGCCCUGGGAUGUGUGUGCACCUUGGGCUGGCUGUGCGGUAGCCUGGGGAUCCACCCCAGAUGAGUAGGGAUUGGGGAGGUAGAGAGGCUCAAGGCUGAUCACAAAAGAAAUAACCUGUGUUUCUUCUCCACGGAGGCCAUCAGAAGACACUGGUCUCAUGUUCUCCCACCGGCCAAGGCUUUGGCAUGAUUUCCUUUCGGUUUCAGUCUUACUCUCAUAACCCUGUGAAUGUCGCCGUGCCCUCUCAUCAGCAUCCCUUCUUCCCUGACGUCCACACCUGUGUCCUGAGCCUUGGAGCCUCGGUUUGGCCAUCCUUGGCUGUUUGCUUUAUCCCGUUAUGUACUUUCAACCCCGCGUUUUCACAGUGGACCCUGGUUAUUUUAAACAGUCUGCUUUCACGUCAACCAAUGAAGGUAAAUACAGCCUUGACUUUGGAUGAAAA